AACCAGUGUGUCGGACUGGGACGUACGUUUAAGUGGGAACCUUUGUUUUUUUGUCAUCUUCUUCUGCUGUUAUCUGUGUUUGAUUUGGAGGUGGAGACGUGCCAGGACGCGCGCAUUUGCACUCUCCAAGCGCGCGCGCUGUGGCACACGCUGGAACAACAAACACAGCUCAGUGCAGCGCAGGGGCAGGUUCCCGUUUUUAAAAGCAGCCGGCGAGGCAGAAGAGUUACGGAGUCCGCUGGGAAGCGGUGUCGGUGCGCGAGGAAGACGGAGACAAAUCCGCGGCGGCACUUGGAUAUGGCGGCUGUGAAGACGUUCGAGCUUUUCGUGGGAGUUGUUUUAGUUUGCCACUGUUUGGGGGAUGCCCGAGCCGAGGUCCCAGCAAGUGACGGGGUCUCUUACUCAUACGUGCAGGGGCAGGCAGGAGAUGAGGACGCAGCGGUGGACGUGAAGCUGUACAGUCACCGGUGGAGGAGAUGGCUUCCCCCUCGUAACAUGGACAGUAACAGGGCCAGUCAGGAGCAAGACCAGGAUCCUGAGCAGGAGGAGCUCGAGGGCGUCCCGGGCCUGCUGUCCGCAGAGGAAACAGACAACAGCUCCCAGAUAGAGGUCGGAGCCGAGUCCUUCGAGGAGGACACAGAUCACAACUACUACACAUCGAAAACAUACAACCCGGCAGAUGCGAUGAGCAAGGACUUGUGGGUAGACGUGGACCAGAUGGACAAGAACAAAGUGAAGAUCCACGGGAUUCUGUCCAACACACACAGACAAGCAGCGAGAGUUAAUCUGUCCUUCGAUUUCCCUUUUUAUGGACAUUUCCUGCGUGAAAUCACCGUGGCGACUGGUGGGUUCAUCUACACGGGUGACGUGGUCCACCGGAUGCUAACGGCCACGCAGUACAUCGCUCCUCUGAUGGCAAACUUUGACCCCAGUGUCUCCAGAAACUCUACUGUCAUCUACUUUGACAACGGGACGGCUCUGGUGGUGCAAUGGGACCACGUCCACCUGCAGGACAACUACAACCUGGGAAGCUUCACCUUCCAGGCAACACUGCACAACACGGGCAGGAUUAUUUUUGCCUACAAAGAGAUCCCCAUUGAGUUGUCCCAGAUCAGCUCCGUCAAUCACCCCGUGAAGGUGGGCCUGUCGGAUGCCUUUGUGGUGGUCCACAAGAUCCAACAGAUACCCAACGUUAGGCGGAGGACAAUCUACGAGUACCACCGCGUGGAGCUGAUAAAGACGAAGAUCACCAAUUCCACAGCCGUUGAAAUGAUGCCUCUAGCCACCUGUCUCCAGUUCACCAGCUGCAGCUCUUGCAUCUCCUCGCAUAUCAACUUCAACUGCAGCUGGUGCAAUCGGCUCAACAGAUGUUCCAGUGGCUUUGACCGCCAUCGGCAGGACUGGGUGGACAACAGCUGCCCAGAUGAGACCAAGGACAAGAUGUGUGACAUCACGGCCACCACGAAUGUCUACCCGGUCACCAGCACGACAGUCGCCAAAACCACGUUCAGGAGCGACGAGCCCACUGCAGGCGGGGACACACCCUCCACCUCCCACCCUCCCACCAGCGUGCCCACCGAAGGUCAAGAGGUCACUCCGCGGUGUCUGUUGAGAUGCCGACGUGGAGAAACGCAUACAGCGGAUCAGCUUCCUCAGCUCUCACUUGUCUCUUCAGCUGCAGGGGUCAAAGAUGACACCAAGAUCGCCCUCCACCUCAGAGACAACCAGGACACAGUAGACAGGAAGUCAGGGACACACCCUUUGCACACCGGUCUGAUCCUCGGCAUCCUCCUGAUGACGCUCGUCUUGGUUGCCGGCGUGCUGAUCACUGUGUACAUCCACCAUCACCCGACCUCCGCCGCCAGCCUCUUCCUCAUUGAGAGACGCCCAAGCCGGUGGCCCGCCAUGAAGUUUCGCCGCGGGUCGGGCCACCCAGCCUACGCAGAGGUGGAGCCAGUGGGCCAGGAGAAGGAGGUCUUCAUCGAGUCCGAGCAGUGCUGAGGGAGGAGGGGGCUUCUGCAUCCCCCCCACUCCCUCUCCCCUCGUGAUCACCGGGAACCUUCAGGAUCUGCUCAUCAGUGUACACAAUGACUCGCUAGGACUGUGGGAACGGCCCAUGGAGUGCAGGAUGAGACUGGAUACAGCGGCCAGCGAUACGACGAAGUGAGAAAACCCCUGAAAACUGAUCCCAGGCCAGCCUAUUCUUCAGCUCCUGUUGGCCUGCUGGGGACAGAGCGUUGAUGUCAUCGAUUUAAACGGCAUAGUUUUUUGUUGGGCUGUUAUCAUGUUUCCGUGGAGGGAUUGUACAGCCUGGCUUUUGAGGCUGGGUAAUGGUGUGGUGGAGGGGGAGUGGGGCGAAUUAUACAAUAUAUAUUUUCAGAAACAAUACAGAGUAUGUGAACAGAGAUUUCCACUUUAUUGUUGGUGGGGUUGUACUGUAUAGGCCUUUGUAUAUCCAUCUUUUCAUCUUUCCUUCAGUAUGCGGUUUCUUUCACAUUCUGGCACAUUCAUCUGUACAGACGUCGGUAUUGCUUUUCAAUGCCAUAGCAAAUUUAAUUGACAGCGCCCGGCCUGCAGAGAGAAAGGCUGCAGCUGAGUGAUGUGACGCGAGCUGAAGGACUGUCACUGCGAUCGAUCGCAGCUGCGGUGUUUGAAUUACUUUGUGAUGUUUGGCUGGUUUAAUUUCGCUGAGAAUAUCUGUGUGUUGUUUGUUUGUUUAAAUGGGGGCUGGGGCGCACACUAUCGUUCUUAUUCUUUUGAUUGGUGCAUUGAUUGAUUCCUUACAUCACGGAUACCGUUUUAUAUAAUUUCUUUGCAUAUUUUUUUUUUUUACAUUACUGCCGUGACAUUUUCUCCCUGAUUAGAGUUUGCACUUUUUUUUUUCCUUUUUCAUUUGACAUGCGGUACUAAUGCAAAUUUACAAGACAGGCGCUUGUGAGUGUGUAUGCUGAAUAUAUUUUCUAAAGUGUAAGUGAUUCAGUGUGUGUGAAUGCGUGUGAAUGCAAAAGAGAGCAGUUUACAUUAGUGAUUGGAUAUCCACCUGCUUUAUGGGUGCGUAUGUUUGAGCUGGCUCUGCACAGGUGAUUCUUGUUGAUUUGAAUCUGAGGUAUCUGGAUAUCGUUUGUGUGAGCCAAAACACACUGGUAUGGGUGUGGUUUCCUUUUCUAGUUCGUUGCCAGCAUAAUCAUAGGCUAGUUAAAUUAUGGUCGACUUAUCCGUGUCAACACAUUAAUGUAUAUACCAAGGCCAAAACAUUUGCAGAUUCAGGUAUCUCAUGGCAAACACGUGUAGUGUAGCAGUAUACUAUACAGAACGAAAACACAACUUUUUUUUAUUUUUUAUGAGUGGCCUUUUUUUCUCUACUUUUUUUACUUCAAUGUGAAUACUGUUUCAUUCAUUACUGUCGCCAAUCAAUACACAAGGCUUCUGACUGAACACAUCCGAACAUUCACUUCUAUUUUUAAGAAUUUUAUCUCGAGACAAAAAUCAUGCUUUUACGCCAAUGAUUGUCGACUCAAUUAAGAUCAGCAUCCUGGAAUUCUACUGAAAAAUAAAACGUGCAAUAUUACACCCAUUCAGUUCGACACUGUAAAUACCGAAAAAAUAACAAUCAUCUAGAUUGCUUUCCUUCUAUUACCAGCAUGUCUUCAUCACAUUGAGACCAAAGACUAAUCAGCAUCCUACUUUUAAGUGUUUACCUCAACGUCCUCUCGGCCUCAGCAUCCAUACCACCAUCCAGAACAAACCAAUACAUUAAAGCUAUAGUGUAUUGAUUAUAGUCGUGUUCUGCAGCCAUAUACAAAAAAAACUGCUCCAAAGUUCUGAAAAUUCUCUUAUCCCUGCCCCUUAAAUAUGAUUGUCCAAUCGUAGCUUAGGAACCCUAACUAGGCACAGUAAGCUUCAAGCUUUGUUUGGAUCGCUCCACUUGUUUAAGUGGUAGCUGUUGUCAGAGAAAUACGCAUUUCAAACACAUGAGAAAACAUGAGAGGAAUUGAUUUAACUGUGUUUAUCUGCUCAAAUGUAAAGUAUGUUUGGCUGACUAGCUUACGUCCUACAGGAGCUCGUAAUCGAGCUUACUUACGUUAAUAACUGAGCAGCUUUACAUUACGUUCUGGAGGGGUUUACAAACAUUUGGAUGUAUUUCCCGAAUACCAAAAUAAUCUUUGAAGCAUAUGAAUGAAAAGAUACUUCUGCCGCUGAAGAAUAAAGAUUUGUAUCUCAAUUGCACCCACGCGUCCGAUUCAGAACAAAGAUGGCAACCGCAAACUGAGCUCGCCGACUCACGUUCCCUGGUGAGAAAACAGAGUUGUAACUGGUGAAACAUACGUUUUUUAUUGUCUCAUCCAGGUGGCGAGAAGAUUGUUUGGAAAGUGUAUUUGUAAACUAACUUCUGGGUUUUUCACAGAUCGCUGGUUAACUUUUGACGUUUACUUGGUUAGCUUGUAUGCUAAUACAGUGGCGUCUGUGUUAGUCUUCUAAUAUUAAGCGACAUCAUGUUUGCAGCCGCAAUGUGCAUUUUAAAGACCGCCGUGACACAAUGUGUGUUUUAAAACAAGUCGGCUGGAAACGUAAUGUUUUUAAAACGACUUGUGAACCUAACGUUAGCUUAAUUAGCUAGCUGACUAACUACAGCUAACGAUAGCUUCCAGAGACUUGAACUUCGGGGCGUAUUGUUUAAAAAAACAUUAAAAACAAUUUGAUGGUGAAUCUGCCACAUUACAAUUGUAAACUUCAUAGGUUUGAGAACUGAAAGUUUAACUGGUGGAGCAAUGAUAAUUAAGGGGGCGGGGCUUAGCCAAUGGCUGACUCAUAUAGUUCAAAUACACUUUCAUGGACAUCUACACGCCCAAAAAUGCACACGAGAUUCAUGCACACAAAAUAAAUGAAGGACUCACAGGCUGUUUAAAACCCUCACAUAGAACUUUCUUUACAACCACUCUGAGAUCUAAUGGGGUCUCAUUGGUGUUGACUUGAGAGUUCAAACUCCUGCUUUCCAAAUCGUCAUUUAUGACUCCUCGUAACUCCCUUCGACAACGGUGUUUAAAAAAAAUCAUAAGUUCAACAAGCUUCUUAAUGCAUUCAGAUACUUUCUCUAAUGUUGGUAACAUUGACCCCUGUGGAGAAACGCUCACAGUGCUUGGCACAUCCACUUGUGUUCACUGACUCCUGACACUCUGACACUUCUCUAAACCCCGCCCCCUAAAUAUGAUUGUCGCAAAUAUAACUAGGCAGAGCAUGCUUCAGACUUUGUUUGGAUUGCUUUACUUGUUUCAGUGGUAUCUGUAGUCAAGAGAAAUACUGUUGGUUUCUUGUUUUAAUCUUAAAAAAUACAUAAACACAUGAGCAACCGUGUGAGGAAUUAAUAACACUUUGUGUUUAUCGCAUCUGCUUAUGUUCACCGCCACCUGAAACUGCAAGUGUUUUUAUAUUCACUGUCAAAAGUGCAGUGUGAGAAAGUGGCCGACGGUCGGAUUCGUUUGCGAUCGACACAAAAGCCGGAAAAAACAUCGAUCACGUAAACAGCAACAGUCUUCACUCGCUUCACUGGACUUGACGAAUCACUUUAAUUCCCACUUUCUUAACAAUGGUAUUUUAGAUGACGAGUAGCAGCAUUGUGGUGUUGUUGAGAUACGUUACUUGUUUUCUUCUCUGACUCGUGGGGUUUGGCUCGAAAGAUGUUCAGUCUCACAGAUUCAGAGCUAAAUAUAAAGAGACAAGAACUGUGACCUUGUUUCCUCGUUUCAUGACACGCAAUGAGACUCAAAAUCACACAGCAUCAUCGCUCCCUGUCUGUAAUUUAUGUAACUAUACUGUUGUUUUGAAUACAAUUGAAAUAAUAAACAAUGUUGUUAAAAAUAAAAACAUCCUCUGAAUAUU